AGUUAAAAAUGGUAAUGUGUUUCAGUUGCAAAAACAGGCAGAAGCAACGUGAAUAUUGCCAACGUCAAAUAACAAUUUUUAGUGCACAGACAAAUAUAUAGAGAGAGAAAAAAAAGUCAAUCUUUCUAGACGAUUUCACGCGAAAAUCUCAACGAAAAAACAUGGUAUUCACAUCCGUUUGAUAAGCAAUGUUAUCAGGCAUAGUGUCAAGUGCAUUCAAUUUGUUAUUAAUUCGCAAGCGAUCAAAAGCGACAAUCAUAAGCAAUUGCACGCACGCAACAGCAACACACAUAUUUCAAUUGAUUCAGUGUUUAGUGUUUGUCUUAUCUGAUUGAAUUGCAUUGUGAAUUUCAAAUUAAGUGAUCUAGCGUACGCGUGCGAGCGCUCACGCCCGCUCUCACAGUGCCAAUAAUCGAAUGGGAAUACGCACAGCGUUGUUUUGUAAUUAAUUCAGUUCGGUGCACAGUUCCAGAGCAACCUGAUCCCACCCCGUGUGCGUUUACAAUACGUGAGAGCACCGCCACGUCUGUACCAAUCAUAUCGAUUUUUAAUCAUAAUCGCAAAAGAUUAUUAGCAGAGAACGUGAAGCGCAGACAAGCACAGAGGUGGACUGCAAAGGCAGGGGGACCGCAAUCACCAAAUCGAAAUCAAGUAGAAACGAACGCGCGUUCGCAUUAAAAAUGAACUUCGAUGAAUACAGAAAACAUGGCAAGGAAAUGGUGGAUUAUAUAGCCGAUUACUUGGAAAAUAUUCGGGAUCGUCGAGUUUUUCCAAAUGUUCAGCCGGGCUAUAUGCGAAAUCUAUUGCCCGAGUCGGCACCGGUGGAGGGAGAGGAAUGGGAUCAUAUCUUUGCUGAUAUCGAACGGGUCAUCAUGCCAGGUAUCACACAUUGGCAAAGCCCACACAUGCACGCUUACUUUCCGGCUCUGAAUUCUGGACCAUCUUUACUUGGCGAUAUGUUAGCUGAUGCUAUUAAUUGCCUUGGCUUCACCUGGGCAUCAUCUCCGGCCUGUACCGAGCUUGAGACAAUUGUAAUGAAUUGGCUGGGAAAAAUGAUUGGAUUGCCCGAUGAUUUUCUGCAUACAGGCGGCAAAAGCAAAGGUGGUGGUGUGAUUCAAACGACGGCAUCGGAAUCGACGUUGGUGUGCUUAUUAGCGGGUCGAACUCAGGCGAUACGACGUUUUCACGAACGAACGCCUGGUCUUCAGGACUCCGAGAUAAAUGCUCGUCUGGUGGCAUACUGUUCGGAUCAAUCACAUUCAAGUGUUGAAAAGGCUGCUUUAAUCGGUUUGGUACGAAUGCGAUUCAUUGAAUCGGAUGAGAAUUUGGCAUUGCGUGGACCUGCUCUAGAAGAGGCUAUUAAAGAUGACAUCAAACUUGGCUUAAUUCCAUUUUGGGUUUGCGCGACGCUUGGAACAACGGGUGCCUGUGGAUUUGACAACUUGAACGAGAUUGGUGAUAUUUGCAUGGAGCACAAAAUUUGGUUACACGUUGAUGCUGCUUAUGCUGGCAGCGCAUUCAUUUGUCCCGAGUAUCGCGUUUGGCUGAAAGGCAUCGAAAAGGCCGAUUCGAUUGCAUUCAACCCGUCAAAAUGGCUUAUGGUACACUUCGAUUGCACGGCCAUGUGGGUGAAGAACAGUUGCGCAUUGCAUAGAACAUUUAAUGUGGAGCCGCUCUAUUUGCAGCAUGAAAAUUCAGGACUGGCUAUCGAUUACAUGCACUGGCAAAUUCCAUUAAGUAAACGUUUUCGUGCACUGAAAUUAUGGUUUGUCUUACGAAAUUACGGCAUAAAAGGUCUGCAAAAGCAUAUACGCGAGGGCGUUCGACUAGCACAAAAAUUUGAAGCUCUUGUUCUGGCCGACAGCCGAUUCGAAAUUCCAGCAAUAAGACAUUUGGGCAUGGUCGUAUUUCGGAUCAAAGGUGAAAACGAUUUAACGGAACGCUUACUCAAGCGUUUGAAUCAUCGUGGUAACUUGCACUGUGUACCAGCUUCGUUGAAAGGCAAAUACGUGAUUCGCUUUACCGUUACAUCAACGCACACCUCGAACGAUGACUUGCUCAAGGACUGGGCCGAAAUUCGAAAAGUAUCAACGGAACUGCUGGAAGAAUUGAAUGUACACAUCACUGAUCGGGCUCGAGUACAUCUCAAAGAUACACGGGAAAAGAAUGAAGCUUUUGGCUCAAGCUUAUUGCUUGCCAAUUCACCGAUGUCACCGAAAAUCGUCAAUGGAUCAUUUGCCGCUAUUUUUGAUGCAGAUGAAUUUUUGGCCAAAACCUAUGCAGGCAUUCGAAUAGCGAGCCAAAACUCGCCGGCGAUGCGUCGACGUGUUCGUGGCAUUUUGAUGUCAGGUAAGCAAUUUUCAUUAGACUCUCGAAUGGACUUAGUUUUUCACGGUUUAGACGGUGGACGAGAGUCGGGUAGUAAGAAUCACGCGAUUACGGAGGACGGCGAAGAGUCGUGGGAAGUUUCUGAGGCUAGUGCCGAAGAAGAUACCGUUGACGAGACACCACCACCAACGACAACGACAACAACAACAACAACAACAACAACACGAAUAAAAUACGAUCGUUUAUGACAUCAGGAGAUGCCGCAUCAGUAUUGCGGCUAUGACAUCAGUCCAUCAUUGUCAACAUCAAGCAAUGAAGACUCAACGCCAAUAAGCACCUUGCAAUUUGCUAUAGUUCAAACCGCCCCAUUAAACGAUUUACUUGCAAACAAACAACGAUCAUGUGCGGGUGCCGCUGGCUCUUGCACAGCAACUAACAGUGCAUUGAAUCGGCGCAUUUGCAAUGAUUUACGUUUGUGUGGAAAUAAAUCAUUUAGUCAAAAUGUUCGACCGGCUCGACCAUAUUUUCCGCCACGCCGUGUCGACGGUUCAACAUAUGAUAAUCGAAAUUCGUUUGAAAAUCGAUUGCAACCGAAUCGAUUGUCGGAAAAGCGACAAUCCGAUCCACAAAUUCGGUAUGCAUUUUAUAAUAAAGGUUUUGAUGUGGCCACAUCAUCAAAGCAUCGCAAAUAUUCGUUGUCACACUAUGAGGUGCGACGAAAAGCGAUGCCCGACAUCAAUGAAUACGGUUCAAUGGAAAAUGAUGAGCACGAGGAGGAGAGUAGCGAUGAAUGGCAUGGUUCACGGCAAAAUUCACAGUACUUUUGUGGAAGUAGAUCGUCAUGGGAGAUCCAUCAUGGGAGCAGUGGACGCGAUAUUACACUGCUGCCAAAACUGAAAAUACGUAUCUGCGAUGAAAUGGGUGCACGAAUCAAUCAUUCAUUCGAUGAAUCAUCAUUUUCCGAUGAAAAUUUCAAUUCGAAUACGACAACACCUCAGAGCACCAUCACAAAUGAUUCCAUCGACAUACCAAGCGCUGCUGGUGCUGGUGCUGCUGCUACUGCUACUACAACGGACGUCACUUGUGAACACCAAAAAUCUAACGAAUCCAAACCGAAACCGAAGAAAAUUCACACCAAAAUGGAAAGCAUCCAUAAUGACAAUGAUAUACCAAUUUGCAAAAAAUGUGGCCACCGAUUAACCAACAUUCAGAAACAAUUUACAAAUGCAUUCGUCUAGCUCAUUGAAAAUCCAAAUAUAUAAUAUAUGUAUAUACAUAUUGUGUGUCUGUGUGAAAUUUAGUUUUGUUUAGUUGCCUUUUUGCGUUGAUUUCAUUUUGAAAUCUCUUUUUGAGCUUCAGUUUCGGCAUGUUAUUCGGCAUAAGUGUAUUAAGCAUUGAAUUCAUAAAUUUUAAGAAAUCCAAUUUCGUUCAUCAUUUGGCUGAAAAGUAGAAAUCUGUACAUAAGCCCAAAUCAAAAUGCUGUGUAAUUACAAUAAAACCAAUGGGAGACCAACAGAAGAGGUUGUAGAUGACUAAGAGUAAUUCUCCAAAGAAACUGAACCAAAUUUUCCUCGCAGAAAAAAAGAGAAAAAUAAAGAGAGAGAGAGAGAGAGAGAGAAAUUAAAAUCAGUAAAGAAGCAUUUAGAGUAGAUUAAGAAAUGUGUGAGUGUUAUUAAAACCAAUAUCAAAUAAAUAGUUAUAACCAGAGAACGAAGAAUUCGAUCGUCACAUCGAAAAGUUGAUUUUGGGAGAGUGCAUCACAACUCAAUCGCAUUAUCACGUUGGCUUUUCAUCCGCAUAGGUUUUUAGUGUGUAAGUCCACUUUGAAUCGAUGGAGUUUUAUGUAGUUGUGAAAUGUAUGAAAUUAAUCAAAAAUUUAACGUAGUCAUCAAAUUUAUGGAGUUAUAUUUAAAUGAAAACGAGUAUGCAUAUUAAUGAAAAAGAAAAUCUAUAUAAUAAAGCCCAAUGUUUCAAAGUGCA